CUAUAUAACCACCCUCUCUCACUUAUCACACAACAAAUUUCUCAAUAGUUAAGCAUACAAAACUAUAUUACUACACAAUAUUUUCUUUGAAAUAACAAAAAUGCCUAGAAAAGGAAUGAGAAGCAUAUUCUUCCAUCAAUCACUUCCUUCUGAAUCCACGUCAUCAAAAUUCCCACCUCCCUCUCCUGUACAGACUUUCUCAGACUCCUUAAUGCAAGAAAACAUCGAAACCGCGGAAUCACUUAUAACAAAAUGGGAUUAUUCAAACACGAAUCACCAAUCCAAAUUAUUUAGCCCUCUUUUCAGCGGCGAAACUCGCGAAGAAGCCAAACAGUACCUUAACGCUGUUAAAGGACUACAAUCCGCUAUGCAGUACCUUGUGAAACGUGAUUCCACUUCUAACUCACUCGUUCGAGCUCAAUUCUUAAUGCAACUCGCUAUGAAAACACUUCAAAAAGAGUUUUACCAAAUACUAUCAGCAAAUAGAGAACAUUUGGAUCCUGAAACCGUUUCAAAUUCUAACCGUUCAUCAACCGAUCGUAGAAGCAGUGUCUCCGAUUACGAAGACGAAAUUUCCGACGACGAGUUUCGUGUAGCCGGAAAUACAAUCUCCGAAACGGAAAGAGUUUCCAUGCUUACUAUGGCGGAUUUGAAAGCUAUUGCUGUUUGCAUGAUUUCGACUGGAUACGGAAAAGAGUGUGUCAAGGUUUACAUCGUUAUGAGAAAAUCGAUUGUUGAUGAAGCACUUUAUCAUCUCGGAGUUGAACGAUUGAGUUUCUCUCAGAUUCAGAAAAUGGAUUGGGAAGUGAUUGAGUUGAAAAUCAAGACGUGGUUGAACGCUGUAAAGGUUGCCGUUGGAACUUUGUUUCACGGCGAAAGGAUUCUCUGCGAUGAAAUUUUUGCCGCUGCUUCAGGGAAGAGAAUCGCGGAAUCGUGUUUCGCGGAGAUAACUAAAGAAGGUGCGGCUAUGUUGUUUUCUUUCCCGGAAAUGGUGGGAAAAUGCAAGAAAACGCCUGAGAAAAUGUUUAGAACUCUUGAUUUAUACGAAGCUAUGUUUAAUCACUGGAUACAAAUUCAAUCCAUAUUCUCGUUUGAAUCAACGGCUAACGUCCGUUUACAAGCCGUUACGUCGUUGGUGAAACUCAAAGAAGCCGUUAGAACAAUGUUAACGGAUUUCGAAACAGCUAUUCAGAAAGACUCUUCUAAGAAACAAGUCCCUGGCGGUGGGGUCCACCCGCUAACUCGCUAUGUCAUGAACUACAUCACUUUCCUCGCCGAUUACAGCGGCGUGCUUACUGAUAUCGUCGCCGAUUUGCCGCAAUCUCCGUUGCCAGAAUCUUACUAUCGAAGCCCUGUGCGCGGCGAGAAUCAGAAAUCUUUGGAGAUAUCGGAGAAAAUCGCGUGGCUUAUACUUGUUCUUCUCUGUAAACUUGACGGAAAAGCAGAGCUCUGUAAAGACGUAUCGCUUUCUUAUCUUUUCCUCGCUAAUAACAUGCAAUACGUCGUCGUUAAGGUUCGAAGAUCAAACCUAGGGUUUAUUCUCGGUGAAGAUUGGUUAACGAAUCACGAAUUGAAGGUUAGAGAGCACGUGUCGAAAUUCGUACACGUUGGAUGGAACAAAGUAUUUUCGACGUUGCCGGAAAAUCCAACGGUGGAGAUACCGUUGGAGCAAGUUAGGGCUAGUUUCGUGAACUUUCACAAUGCGUUUGACGAAGAGUGUAGAAAACAGUGUUCGUGGAUUGUUUCUGAUUCGAAACUGAGAGAUGAAAUCAAAGUCGCGAUAGGUUCGAAGCUCGUGGGGAAGUAUGGUGCGUUCUACGAGAAGAAUCGGGUCGGGUCGGAGUCGGUUAUAAGAUAUAAACCGGAAUAUAUAGAGAAUUGUUUGUGUAACAUUUUAUAUGGGGUUGGAGAUUCGGGUAGUAUGUCGUCAUAUUCUUCGUCGACGACGUUGUUUUCUCGUGGUGGCUCUAGUCGCCGGUGAAGUUUUGCAUAGUUUUGCAUGAUUUUUAUUAAACAUUUUAAUUAUAAUAUUGAUUUAAAAUAUAUGUUUUAAUUGAUU